GUCACCGCCGCACCCUUCGCGCUCUCCCCCUGGCCCACCGCCCAGUGAGGGAAUGGGUUCUAUUUUGCCGCGCAAGCUACCCGCGAAGUAUAAAAAGUCCGCGCGCGCCGCACAGGACUGAUUUUUUUUGGCGCGCAUCCCAACCGCCGCCGCCGCCGCCGUUCCCCGCCCCCUGUCCACCUCUCCGCCGCGCGACGCCGCAACCCUAGCGGGCUUCUCCUCGCCUCCUGCCACCGCUCGGCCGCCGGAGAGUCCGGUUGCGGUAGGAUUGUGGGGCGUUGGACUGGUACUUUGAGGGGGAGGAAUGGAGGGAGUCGCCAAGCCGUCGAGCUCGGGGUCGGGUGUGACGGAUGGGGGCUCGGGAGGCGGCGCAGGCGCCGCUUCCAUGGAGGAGAGGUUCGCCGAUCUGUGCAAGAGUAAGCUAGGACUCGACGAGAGCACGAUGAGGCAGGCAAUGCAGCUUUUCAAGGAGACCAAGAACAUCAAGUCCAGCAUGUCUUCCUUGGGCGGUGGAUCGCCCGAGGAGGUCGAGAGGUUCUGGUCUGCAUGUGUUCUGUACUGUGUGUCAAGGCUUAGCAAAGCUGGGAUGUCGAAGGAAGAUGGUGUUGUCUCACUCUGCCAGAUCUUGAGGGCAUUCAAGCUGAACAUUGUCGAUUUUUUUAAGGAGAUGCCACAGUUUUGCAUAAAGGUUGCACACGUUAUGACUGGUCUGUAUGGCUCAGACUGGGAGAAGAGGCUUGAGUUGAAGGAACUGCAAGCGAAUGUUGUCCAUUUAAGCUUGCUAAGCAGGUACUACAAACGUGCAUACCAGGAGCUAUUUUUGUCAAAUGAUGCCAAGUCUUCAGAAAAUUCUUCAGAAGCAAACACCCAACAGGAUUCGGAGUAUUAUCGCUUUGGAUGGUUACUCUUUUUAGUUCUAAGAAUCCAAACAUUCAGCAGAUUCAAGGAUCUCGUGACAUCAACAAACGGACUGGUUUCUGUGUUGGCUGUACUUAUUAUUCACAUUCCUGCGCGUCUAAGGAACUUCAAUAUAAAGGAUUCAUCCUACUUUGGUAAGAAGUCUGAUAGGGGAGUCAACUUUAUUGCUUCUCUUUGUGAAAAAUAUCAUACCUCGGAAGAUGAGUUGAGCAAAGCACUGGAGAAGACAAACAAUCUCAUAAUGGAUAUUCUGAAAAUGAAACCAUGCUCAGCUGCUUCAGAAUGUCAACAGGGUAAUUUGUCUUUUAUUGAUCCAGAAGGCUUGACUGUUUUUAAGGAUUUGCUUCAGGAAGGCUCGAUGAAAUCAAGUCUGCUAGUCCUGGAAAAAGAAUAUGAGAAUGCAAUUAACACAAAAGGAGAGCUAGAUGAGCGCAUGUUUGCUAAUGAUGAGGACAGUUUGCUUGGCAGUGGAAGUCUAUCAGGAGGUGCCAUUAAUUUACCAGGCGCAAAGAGAAAGUAUGAUGUUAUGGCCUCACCUGCAAAGUCAAUAACAAGCCCAAGUCCAAUGUCUCCUCCACGUUUUUGUUUAUCACCAAAUGGAAAUAGCUUUUGCAACUCAAAGAUGGCUCCUAUCACUCCAGUGAGCACAGCCAUGACAACUGCCAAGUGGCUUCGGAGUACAAUAUCUCCCCUUCCUUCAAAACCUUCUGGGGAACUUUUGCGCUUCUUCUCAGCAUGUGAUAAGGAUCUCACAGAUGAUAUUACACACAGAGCUGGCAUUAUACUUGGGGCCAUAUUCACAAGCAGUUCUUUUGGUGAACGCAUAAGUACCAAUGUCCGAAGCACAAACAGAAUGGAUGCUAUCUGGACAGAGCAAAGAAAAAUGGAAGCCCUUAAGCUAUAUUACAGGGUUCUGGAAUUGAUGUGUAGAUCAGAGUCACAAAUCUUGAGCGGGAACAAUCUUACAUCACUUCUGUCUAAUGAGCGAUUUCAUCGAUGUAUGAUCGCCUGUUCUGCUGAGUUGGUUCUUGCAACUCACAAGACUGUCACUAUGAUGUUCCCAGCUGUGUUAGAGAAAACUGGCAUAACAGCUUUUGACUUGAGUAAAGUCAUAGAGGGUUUUGUUAGGCAUGAAGACACACUUCCAAGAGAGUUGAAGCGUCAUCUGAAUUCACUUGAGGAACGACUUCUUGAAAGCAUGGCAUGGGAGAAAGGCUCAUCAAUGUACAAUUCCUUAAUUGUUGCUAGGCCAGCACUGUCUGCAGAAAUAAACCGAUUAGGUUUACUGGCUGAGCCAAUGCCAUCACUUGAUGCUAUUGCAGCGCAUCAUAAUAUCUCAUUGGGGAGUCUGCCACCUCUCCCCUUUCAAAAGCUGGAACGUAUUCCAGAUAAAGAUGAAGUCAGAUCUCCCAAAAGAGCAUGCACUGAGAGGAGAAAUGUGCUUGUGGACAACAAUUCAUUUAGAUCACCAAUCAAGGAUAUCCUUAAAUCGAAGUUACCACCUCCUCUUCAAUCAGCUUUUGCAAGUCCAACAAGACCUAAUCCUGCAGCAGGAGGCGAAACAUGCGCAGAGACCGGAAUAGGUGUGUUCUUUAGCAAGAUAGCAAAACUCGCUGCCAUUAGAAUCAGAAGUCUCUGUGAAAGAUUGCAACUUUCUCAGCAAGUUCUGGAGCGAGUGUAUUCCCUUGUCCAACAAAUCCUUAGCCAACAAACUGCUCUUUUUUUCAAUAGGCACAUUGACCAGAUCAUAUUGUGCAGCAUAUAUGGAGUUUCGAAGAUAUCUCAAUUGGAACUUUCGUUCAAGGAGAUUAUUUUUGGCUAUAGGAAACAACCUCAAUGCAAGCCACAGGUUUUCCGUAGUGUUUAUGUUCAUUGGCCCCCAAGAAGCCGCAAUGGGAAAACUGGAGAGGACCAUGUCGAUAUUAUCACUUUCUACAAUGAAGUAUUUAUUCCUUCUGUCAAGCCUUUGUUGGUGGAGGUAGGACCUGGUGCUAGUCCAAACAAGAAAGACAAGGAAAAAAGUUCUGUUGAUGGUCAAUUUCCAGAAUCUCCUCGGCUAGCUCGGUUUCCAAACCUUCCUGCUAUGUCUCCAAAGAAAGUUUCUGCUACUCGCAACGUAUACGUCUCACCGCUAAGAUCAUCGAAGAUGGAUACUUUGCUUUCCCCAAGCUCCAAGAGCUACUAUGCAUGUGUUGGUGAGAGCACUUAUGCGUUUCAGAGCCCCUCUAAGGAUCUGAAGGCUAUCAAUAACCGCCUAAGCAGUGGGAAGAAAGUUAGCGGAAGACUGAACUUCGAUGUUGUCAGCGAUCUGGUUGUCGCCAGUAGCCUCAGCAACGAUCAAAAUGCCAGGCCUGCAGCUAUGGAAGUAGUUCCCGUCAAGACGCCAGUGAAAUGCGAGCCGUCUGAUUCUUAGUUGCUUCUGCGACUCUACAUCAUCAAUCCAACACAACCUGUGCUUAAUCAUUAGGUGUCAAAUUGAUCUCAAGUUAGAUAUUUAGAAGCCCUUUGUUUCUGUGUUUCUUGGCACGGGAAACUCUGUGAGCAGCUCUCCCUGCUGUGAAAUAUAAGAAAGGCUGCCCUGAGAGCUCCCUCUAACCUGCCUCACUCUACUUUGUAGUCCUUUGUAAGAGCUAGUACCAUAGUGAUGUAACUUGAUAAGUUUUACAGUUUUGUAAAUGAAAGCUGUUGUCAAUACCGGCACAGUUGCGGAUUGCU